AUGGGGGCCGUGACGUCCCUCGGUCGAUCCGAGCUCAAGUAUGCUGUGCAGAUCCAUCCGCCAGUGCAUCGGAGCCUUUCCGAGUUGACUGAGCAGAUGGUGACAGUCACAGGAGCCGUGAACUUCUGCAGCUCCAGCUGGCAAAGGCCAGGCGGCCCGAGCUCAGCCCUCCAGGAUUUUGCGGCGAAUCCCUUGCUCCAGCCACCCCUGGGGGAGUCCUGGGUUUCUGGCCCUUGUGUUUUGGAGAUUGAUGACUAUGUCCACCUUUGGGUGGGCAUUUCCUCGGGCAUUCUCCACUUGGUCUCCCACGAUGGCCUGUCGACUUGGACGGCGGUGGAGAUGACGGUGGACUGCCCGGGCGCCUCCAGAGCCUCGGUGACGCGGGAGCCGAAGAGCAACGUGGUGUAUCUCUUCUAUGAGCAGACGGAUCCGCCGCAGCACGGCUUCACCUCGACGAAGGUCAAACUCAUCUCGGCCAAGUUGCCCUCCGCCGCCUUCAGCGCGGGGACUGGCUGUGGAGUGAAGCUACGGAGGUUCUCCAGCCGGAAUUGGAGUGGGAGAAGGUGCAAGUGGCAAAAGUGGCUCCUGUACUACUCCGCCUCAUCGGUUUUUCGCCGGAAAGAUUCCAAGAACCCUCCUCCGAUGUACAUUGGCAUCGCUGCUGCCCCUGCAGUUGAGGGACCCUACCGCAGAAUCAAUGAGAAACCGUUCCUGGGAACCAGUGAAGGAGUGCCGCAAGUAAUUGGUGCCGGAUCAUUCAAGAUGAUUAAAGGUUUUGACGUUUUGAACUAUGAUGAAGAGGCAGGAAUAGGUAGGCGUUUGCUGGCGCUGGAGAGCCGGAUCACGCGAAGCAAAGAUAGCAGCGUGUCGAGUAUCGCUUUGUUGGCAAGCGCUGAUGGCUUUUCCUGGUCCUUGAUCGAUGCAAAUUUCCUGGCCCCAUCGGCAGAGAAGAGUUGGAAGAAGGCGAAUAUCCACACCUUCGAUACAAUGAUUCCUUCCUUUGACCCGGAUCACGUUUUCAUCUACUACGACGCGAGGGAUAACUUCAAGAAAUCCACCGAAUGCGUCGGCGUCGCUCGCAUCCCCGUGGUUUUUCUGGAAUCUAUCGCCUGUACCACAGCCACCCGCGUGGGAGCAACGUGA